AAUUUCAUGUUAGUAUAGCUUAUAACUUUUGCAUAUGUUAAUUGGCUUCGAAAAGCCCUGUUAGAGAGAGUUAAUUUAUUGUAUAUUUGUUGUAGGCCCGAUAUGUUCAUACGUCAUUCCCGACACUCGCAAAUGACAAGGUAUAAAGUUAAAGCGUUAAGUAUCAAUAUGAUUGUCACGAUAAUAUAUUUACUGUAUCUUAUUAUUUGUAGGGAGGGAUUUUAAAUAAGAUGCAGUAAAGUCAUAACAUUUGUUAACCUUUCACGCUCAGGUUGUCGACCCUGGUCGAAGAUUAUAGAUAUCGUAUACCUAAUCGGUGGUCUGGUGUAGAAGUAUAAACACGUUAAACUAUAACAACUAAUAAGAACACAGUAUUUUACAGGACUUUUACAAGUUUGUAAAUAGAAGUUUUUAAUAGUAUUUGUAAUUAACUAGUUCUCCUCAAUUUUUCAGUUAUUUGACAAAAUCCUCAUUGCAAACCGUGGUGAAAUUGCUUGCAGGGUAAGCUUUAUCAAAAUUAGACUGCGAGCGGCCCUCCUUUCCGCGGGUUUAUAUCAAAUCUGUAGUAUUCAGCCAUGUAGUAUUCAGUGACGUCACACAAGUUUAGCAUCAUCGUUUGACUUGCACCAUUUUGGGUGACAGAUGUUUACAUCUAAGUAAAAGCAUACACGGUGUCCAAAUGAUCCAAACCUGCACGAGCUCCAAAUGCAUGUUUGAUUUCAUUAAUAUGAAUUAAUAUAAUAUUUUCUGGUGACGUAUUCAGACCGUGCAUGGUUUUCUUUGCUGUCCAUAGUUCUCAAUCAUUAUUUUGCCACUCGUCUUCGCGGAUUUCUUAUAGCGUCACUUAAUACGGGAAUAUCAAGUGACGCUAAGAAAUCCGCGAUGUUGUGUGGCAAAAUAAUGAUUGGGGACUAUGGACAACAAAAGAAACCACCGUCUGAAUUCACCAGAAAUGACCUUUCUGAAUUCUUAUUAAUGAAAGCAAUCAUUCAUUUGGAGCUCGUGCAAGUUCGGAUUAUUUGGACACUGUAUGCUUUUACUUAGAUGUAAACAUUAGUGUCACCCAAAAUGGUGCAAGUCAAACAAUGACGCCAAACUUGUGUUGUGACGUACUGUCAUCUAAGGGCCGCACUUAAACAUACUACUCAGGUGUACUCUCCAUAUAUCAAUUUCUUCGAGAACGUCACACGUGUGAUGUAUUUUCACCAUGGGUUUAUUGCAUUUGUAUAUAUAGGUGAUAAAGUCUUGUAAACGCCUUGGUAUUAAAUCUGUUGCAAUUUUCAGUGAAGCUGAUCGAUAUGCUGUAAGUAUAGUCAAUAUAUGACCAGUGUUGCAAAGUGUAUUUGGAUUCUCAUUGAAAUACAGGCAUUCACUAAUUGAUAUCAUAUUUUAGAAUUCAGAAAAUACUUCAAUCCAUCAAACAUUUAACUGCAUGUAUACCUGUUUUUGCAUGAACUUUUCACAAAAUCCUACAUUAAUUGUAAUUCCCCAUUGUGCAUGACCUCUUAUAUAAUGUUGGGAAUGUUAAACAUUGUAUUCAUUAAACGUUAAACAUUUUAAAUUAUAUUGUCUUCUCUUGUCUAUCAAGAUCAAUGAUAUCUUACAAACUCGGUAUUCGUUCACUAAAUUUUAGCUUCAUACAAAAAUGGCCGAUGAAAGUGUUUGUGUUGGUCCACCACCAUCCGGAGAAAGCUAUCUAAAUAUGGAUGCCAUCUUGGGUGCUAUUAAAACUACAGGAGCUCAAGCGGUAAGAAAUAUAUUUAAAAACAGAUUUUAAAAUUUUUCGCUGUUCCGUAGGUUUUCAAUGUUUUCCUUAUAGAUUUGUAAAGAAUUACAAUGCACCUACUCUGUGGACUUCUGUCUUGUGCUUUUCGUUUAUUUCUCCACGAGAAAUACAUGCACGCAGCAAACCCUCGCCUUUUAAGACCAACUAUAUAUUUACAAAACAUUCUUUCUACAUGAAGUAUUCUCAUUAGACGACGGAUCACUGUAUGGUGGCGCGUGUCAACGGGGAUAACGCACUGAGCUGUAUAAUAACUGGAGGACCUGCUCCUAUACUUCGUUCAGUCAUCGAAGUGAAGCCAAAAACAUGGCGGAUUUUGAGUGAAAAUGACGCCAUUUCCAUGACAACACUUACUUUAUUUUCAUGGUAGGUACCACUGACCAGGCUCAAUUCUGAGCCCACGGCCGUUUUCACACCCCCCUGGUUUUUGCAAAAAAGUUUUGCAGAUAUUAUAGUUCUCGUGGUUUUGAAUCGGUUUUUAAAAUUUUUUUGAUAUAAAUUUUCUACCUUUGACUAUUUGGACAAAGAUAUGCAAGUCGUUCGUGUUAUUCUCGCCCGUGAAAGACGACAGACAAAUUUAAAACCUCAAGAAAUGUGGGAAAAGACUUGAAUAUGGAUUUUAUACAAAGGGUAAGAGACAAAUUUGCAUAUUUCAAUUUUUUAAUAUUUAGACUUUACCUUAUUUGACAUGAAAAUGAUAAGCAUAACGAUGAAACUGACACUCUAUUUGUUAAUAAAACAACUUCCUGUGUAAUACACAUGGUAAAGUGUAAAAUUUCCCACUAUUUCACUAAUUUUCGCAAGCUGGGUCUUUGAAGUGCGAACUGUCUAGUGUAUUAAUAAUGUUUAAAAGGUUGACUCCUGAGGUCUCGUUUUAUAAACAGACAUAAACCUCAUUUCCAGGAUGGCCUGUUUUCUUACAUAUGUUUUCUCAGUAAAUAUCACUCUGAAUGAGCAAUGUACCUUUAUAAGUGCACUCAUAGUUCUGAUACCCCUUGUUUAAGUUGAGGAGUUUGGUCACAUUCUUUUGUUUACUCUACCUUGAUCAUAUGCUAAUUAUGUUACUGGAGGAUUUUUGUACAACCUACAUAAUUAAUCUACUCUUGUUUGUUGCAGAUUUAUUCCACAAUGACACACUCCUUUCUGGGUGGCAAGUUACAGUACCAAGCCUGGCAAGCUGGACAUAUCUUUGGAAACUGAACAUACUGUAUUUUAAUACAUGCUUCCAAAAAUUAUGUCACCUUGGCGAGUCUCAUUUUCACGAUUGAGACAUUGGACUUUAACUCAUGCCACAUACAUGAAAAUGAGGCUCCUGUGACAAGGUGAAAUACAUUCCGGAAGCCGGAAGGGUAUAUUUGACUUUUUUGAAAAAUUAUUGGCAGUAAAAAAUUUAAAAAAACAAAAAUGUAUAUGAUUUUGAUUUUAAUUGCUAUAAAACUUAUUUACACUUCAAUAAAGUUAUCAUAAUCAUAUAAUUAUUUAUGUUGUUAUGCAUGGUAUUAUAAUUAACUAAUUCAUUUUGUUGUUUUGCAUGUUUUUCUGCAUGUUGAUGCCUCAGUGCCAUCUCUUGGGUAUAUUAAACAUAUAAUUUCUGCAAAAUAAAAGAUGACAUUAUUAUCAUGAUACAUUAUACAUCUUUACAUCACAAAAAUAUCAUAUACACAUAUGUUAACCCUUCACAAGUGGCAAUGUGUCUUGAUAUGCCUUACUGUAUUAUUUUAAUCUACCUAACACCAGACAAUUUUACUAGUCAAGGGGAGAAUGCAAUUACAUGAUCUGUUUUUACCAAUGACCAUUGAUCUGAGCUUCAAAAUUAAGUGUCAUGUUUCAAUAUUCAGCAAUGCAAUUACAUUCCUAACUGCUAAAAUAUGUCACACUUAACUAUUAUGAGCAAAUUUCAUCAUAAUUUCUCACAGGCCGUGUCAUAUAUAUAUGUCCAAUUGGACAUCACUACUCCCAAUGUUAGAAAUCAUGGGCGGAUUUACUUGGGGUGGGGGGGGGUUAAACUCCUCUAAUAAAGUGUUCAACUCCACCAAAAAUUCUGCUUCAACCCUCCUAUUUUGUGCGAAAGGCAUUAACCCAAACGCCUAACCCCUGCCAAAGCUCACUGAGUGGUGCCGCUUGCACCCCACCAGAAAUUUUUCUACCCCUCCUUUUAAAUAAAUGAAAAUCCGCCCUAAUUGUUAGAAAUGUUGUAGCAUUCCAAAUUUACCUCAUGAUUAGUGUAUCAGUGACUCACUUAAAUCCCGGCAGCUUGUGGGCAACAUUUUUGUUCUUGCCAUGUAACUAUGACAUCAUACUGUGUAAAACUAUAUAGUUUUAUAUAGUUCUGAACAGACAAUGGCAAAAUGAUAUCUAUUUUUAGUAAAAUUAUGAGUAAAACAUCUGGAUUUAAUCUCAAAGAUUGAGUAAAAUAAGAAAGUAGCCAGGGUUCAUUGCAGCUUAAUGGGCUGACUAUAUAUCUCGGGCUGCUCAUUUGCAGAUAGCUGUAAUUAACCCACUGCGUCAGUCUGCGUGGCAGCAGGGAGCAGUCUCAAUUCUCUUAAAAUCGUCUGUAGACAGACAGAGUAAAAUAAUAAAGACAGUCUUUAGUGCUCAUCGAUCAGCCGACAGGGCACAUACAUUGUCACAUGUAGGUGGGCCUCCUCAAUAACGGCUCAACUCUCUCUGGUCUUGUGCUUAUCUAUAUAUACUAAUUCUGCACUGUGAUGGGCAAGUAUAUAAAUUUCACACCAUAUUUAAUAAUUAACGUUUUAAAAUAUACGAACAUGUAAACAACCACAAUUUUUAGUAUAAAUUAAAAACUGGCAGUCUGGCAAUAAAACCAAAAAGGCCAGUGCUGACACAAAACAACAAUUUCAUGUACACAAUGUUUAAUCGUUAACAAUACUUUUAUGUCCCCUAUUGAAAUAUUCGCUGUAUAUAUUAGGAUGAUGAGUUUUUGACAUAAUAUGAAGGGUCUAGUGACUGUAGCCGUCUAGAAAGUUAUAAAAAAGUUUCGUGAAUCUUACCUGAAUGAAUUAGUCUUUCUUUGUAGUCUUUGUAGCGAAAUGCUGCAUACACAAGCGAAGCAAACUCGCAGCCUCGCUCCGCGUUGUAAAACAAGUAAUGUUCGAGGGAAAUAUUAAGAUUUUUUAGCUCAAAAACAACAGAAAACUCGAGAGAAAACUUUAUGAUAUCUAUAUCGUAAUAUUUGGCCCAAAAACCAGGGGGGUUAAGGACAUCGUCGGAAGUUUAGGAUCGCGGUUGGUCAGUGGCAGUUACCAUGAAAAUAAAGUAAGUGUUGUCAUGGAAAUGGCGUAAUAGCCGCCAUGUUUUCGGCUUCACUUGAUGAUGCCGAGCAGGUCCUCCAGUAAUAUAGUAUAGCUCAGUGGGAUAACGUCAUUAGUUUUCAAUUCCAUUUCCUAAUCCCUUCCUCUGCUUUAUCCACUCAUUCUUUGACCUUUUAGUCCUUUGCAAUAAUAAUACACCCUGCAUAAUGCAAGUAGGAGUAUAAUGCCCCUCGAGAUUGCUUACAUGCAUGGGACAGAGCAGCACCACUGCAUAUGAUUGAAUAGUUUGACCAUUGCAAUUACUAUACCUUAUAAUAAUGCAUCAUUACUAUAUUAACUCCUCUUUAUUAACUCCCCCCGUCCCCUUUUACAAUAUUAGCUACAAACUACUUUAAAAUCUAUAUACAGUACACUAUAGUAAUUAAUUAUAAAAUCUAAUCUAACUUCGAUGAUAAUUAUAUUUGAUGAUAAAUAAGAUUGUGUUAAACGCUCACGGAUUGUUAAACGCUCUAUUGAUUUGUUAAGUUUUAAAACUCAGUAUAUCUAGACCAUUCUAUAUACAAGGAAAGAACAUGCAUGAUGAUGAAAGCUUCUGCAUGUACCCGCUGGAUGUAAGACAUGGAGGUGAUUCAAUAACUGAGAAUUUACACAUGACAUGACAUGACAUGACAUUCAGUCGUAUUACUUACUUGCCCUAGACUAUUUAUAUUCCCUUUCAUCGUUUCUAAUUAUAUCUUGUUUUCUCAGUAAAGGUCACUCUUCUCAUUCUCCUAACCCAUUCCUAUUGAAGAAAUGCUUCCAUCUUGCCAUUCCUGUGCAUGUUAUAGCGAUGCUUGAGAAAUCAGUGCAGAUAAAAAAUGAUUAUUUUUAUAAUUGCAUCAUAUAGGCAUGCAGCCCAACAAAUGUACUGUAAUUCUUAAAUUAAAAAGUUGCAAAAUAUAUCUUUAAGUGUGUUAAAGUUUACUAGUGUGUUUAAAGUGCUUCUGACUUUGCUAUCCAUCGAUUUAGUUGUAUAUUCGUGAUGACGAAUGCAUUAUCGUAUAUUGAUCAUACUUAUGAUGUACUGUAGCUUCCUGUGUGCAUGUGACUAGACAAUCAGCGUACGUAAUGAUACAAAAAUUUAAACACAUUUUUAAACGUUUAAUUGUUAGGGAUAUAUUUAUAGCUAUUUCGUUUGAGGAUAACAGUAUAUCGCGCCGUUCUUAGAAAGACCCUGGGACCGAGGUUGAACAGUGUAUUUGCUGUCUGUGGUGCCAUAAUAAUUUUGAAACACGCAAAAUUAAAUACGAUGGCAAUCUUUGUUAUUUUUCAGGUGCAUCCAGGCUAUGGCUUCUUAUCAGAAAAUAUGCAUUUCGUGAAACUAUUGGUAUAAUUGUCUAUUAUUUAUGGUUAUGGUAUAAGGGUCGCGUAUUAUACACUUUUCACCAGUACAUAUUAAAGAAGUUCUAACAUUGUUGCCUUGCUCCAUGUGUGUAAAAGAAACAACAAAACCAGAAAAAAAGAUAUAACUGUACUGUACAUAAUAUAAUAUAUACAUGUUAAAAUACAAUAAUAUGCAAUAACAUACGUGAAAAAAAUCCAAAUUCUGUCUGGCUGAGAGAAGUGCAAUGUAAUUUCUUUGUAUAAAAAUACUUGGUCUUAUAGAGAACAUUUUCUUGUUGCAUAUUUUUGCCAUGUUUUUUUUCCACCUUUUGGAAAAGCAACUCGUUGGGAAUCUGUUUCGUUGUUGUUUCCAAGUUGUGUACGAAACCAUGCAUGCAUAUACUGUACCAAAUAUUGUUUACUACUGUAUUUCAUAAGCUCUAUUUUUAGGAAGACAAUAAUGUCGUUUUCAUUGGCCCAAACUCGUAUUCCAUGCAAGCUAUGGGUGACAAGAUUGAAAGUAAAAUAGUUGCGAAGAAAGCUGGUGUCAAUAUUAUUCCUGGUUAUGAUGGAGUUGUGAAGGUGUUCAUCAUAAUGUUGUAUAUUAUUUGCUGUGGGGUCACAUUUAAUGUGCAUGAAUGUCUACAUGUUUUGACGCAGCACACUUUCGUUUUCAGCUGCUAAUUCACAUAAUGUGAAAAAAACAAUUCGUUUGUCUUUACUCUUUACCUAUAAUACGGGUACAAACCACUGAUCAGAUAGUACAAACGUACAAUCUUCAAACAUUCUGUGUAUUGUAAAGCAGCACAUUAAGCUAAACACAUAUCAGGGCCGCUGAGAGGGGGGGGGUCAUGGGGGCAAAUUGCCCCGGCCCUCCUACCUUAAUAGGGUCGCACUUGAGAGUGAGAGGGCCUAAAAUUGAGUAGGUUCCUUAGAUUGGUCAGAGCAUUUUUGAAAUCGAGGGCCUCUUACAGUAGAUCACAUGCAUGCAGUCUAGCUAAGGUCUAUUGGGUGACUGACUUGGGUCUAGCUUAAAAAUAAUGAUGUCAUGGGACCCCAGACCCCGCAAAGCCCCGGGCCCCGCAAAUUCUCUCGGCGGCCCUGAGUCACUUAUUCCUUAAAAGCAUAAUGAAUUCGGUAUCAUGAAUGAUUAAAUUGUUUAAAUUUAGACCCAAUUUUUCAACAAUUCCUAUAUGUUUAAAAGACAAAGAAAGUUCGAAUAGAAAAAUAAUAGCUACAGAGUUGGAUUUUUCGAAAAAAGGGAGUCGCAACUGCCGUUGCUAUGGCAACAAUUUUCUGAGAACAAGCGUUUUUUAGCCUAACAUUCUCAGAAAAUGUUCUGAAGUUAUUUUAAAUUUACCAGAUGUUUAAAACUAUUGAUUCUAUUAUUUAGGACGAUGAAGAGGCUAUAAAACGUGCAAAGGAAAUAGGUAAAUACACUAUAUUUGCUAUAUUUUACAUCUCCUGUAUUCGGCAAAUCGUCAGAAUAUGUCAUUUUCGUAUUUCUUAUGUUUGAGUAAAUAUUUAUUUGUGAUAAUUGAUUGUUUGAAACGAGUCCCUUGUCUUAUCUGAAUUAAUCUUCAGUGAAGUAUAAAAUGGGUUUGCUGUUCAUGCCUGACUCAAAUACAAUCUCGUUGCCCGUGUUUGCGAUCCUCGGGAAGGAACGUGAGGCUCUGGGAUAAUCCGUUGCCGGAAGCCAGGAAUCCUGGCUAAGACUGAACUGCGCAUUCCAUAUCAACGGCCAAUCACUCAAUCAGAUUCGUCCCUGAAAUGGAUUGACUCAACCGUCCCCAUGCAUGCAACAAGGGGGGCUCUCCAACAGGGGGCGAAACUUCAGUAUUACGGCUGGGGGGGGGGGUGAGCUUGUUUUGCCCAACCGAAAGAGCGUUUCCGAAGUCGUUCCUGAGAGACGAACAAUUGAUCAGUUGCUAAUUAAUAUUUCUUCUCCCAAAAAAGUUGGUGAGCGGAGAAUUUUUCACUACCACUUUUUCCUACCACUAUUACUUUUCAAUCUGAGACACUCGAAUAUUUUCAAAAUUUUCCCGACUAUAAUGGAAUAGAGACAAGGGGUGUCACCCCCCAACCCACACACACACACCAGGAUAGUUUCGUCCCUGUUCUCCAAAAGUGUCCUGAACUGGCAGGGGGGUGUUUACAAUAUGAUACAGUAUUUUGGAAAUUCUAAAUUUUGUUGGGGUUUUUUCCUAAUAAUUGUGGGACAAACAUUUAAAAUUAUGCUUAUUAAAAACAAUUGCCAUUAGUAAUAUAAAAUAUUCUAAGCGUCUCAAAAGGGUAUGUAAUUGAAGGUUUCUCUACCACUUUUUGUAGAUGCAAUUCUAAAGAACAUUCUCAUUUACGAUUAUUCAAAAAUUAUAGGGCGGGGGCUCACCCCCCCCCCCCCAAGUCAACAUGAAAUUUUAACAGGGGGGCUCAGCCCCCUGAGCCCCCCUCCACUACACUACUGAGAUUAUUUGAAAUAGCUGUGUAUACUACGGUACGCAAAGUUUGCCAAAAGUUUGGCCAUAUCAAAAUGUUGAAUAUUCACAAUAUUGGUUGAAUGAUAAAACAGGUCAAGUAAAGUUUCUUUGGAUUUUUUUGCUACUCAUAAUUACUGUACAAAACAAAAGUAACUCUAUGCAACUAUAUCAUUAAUCACUACCUACACUGAUAGUGCUUACACAAUUUCCACACUGUCCAAAAAUGUGAAUAUAUUAAUUGUUCAUUUAACCUUCAAUCACAAUCAGUUCCUCCUUCAGAAAAUCUUUCCUCCGUAAGUGCUUUUGUUCGUAUUUUCAUGUAGUUCCUCAAGGGCAAUUUCAGUUCACGUUUGUGUUUAAAAUACCUUUUCGCUAUUUUGUUCGUUUUGGGAAAAUCAUUAAUUGUACUGCAGUACAAUUAAUGAAAUAAUUGUACUCCUCUCAACCAAUCAGCAUCCAGUAAUUUUGUCAUGCUAACAAUAAGCUAUGUAAAAUGUUGGAACACAACAGAUAUUGUAUAUUUUGGGGGGGACAGCCUAUAUAUAUAUUUAUAUUUCACGGUUAAUCAAAUUUGCCUACUUUCAUUUUUAACUUCAACACAUACCGUUUCCUCCUCUUUAUAUGCUCAUUUUAUCCGCCCAGUCAGUUAUAUGUUAUUUUUAUUUCAGGUUACCCAGUCAUGAUCAAGGCUUCCGCAGGCGGAGGUGGCAAAGGAAUGAGAAUUGCUUGGAAUGACCAAGAAGUCAGGUACGGCAUAUAGCUACUGGAAAUUCUCUCUUAAAGUGCCACUUAAACUCCAAGUUUGUGAUAGGUGUAAUACAGUAUUUAGGGCAUUCUGAGAAGAAUUUAGGACCUCAUCUUCAUCAACCUUUUUACCAAGGCCGGAUUUUGAGGGGAGGGGGCACCUCCCCUGAGAUCGUUUAGCACCUCUCCUGAGAAUUUUUGUACCUCCCCUGAAAAGUGAUGCACCUCCCCUUGGGAAAGUUCCAAUGAUAGAUCAAAGUGAAAAUUUAACAUUUUUUGGUUGCUUAGAGUCUGUAAAAUUGAAACAGUGAUAGCCAUUCAUCUCUGUGUCAAGCACCCUUUUAAUGCAAUGUUUUAAAAGAAAUUUUGUAGUAAUUGUAAUAAAAGGCAAAUUUGGAUAAGUUGUACAGUCAUAAUUCAUUAAUACACUGAUACAUAUGUUAUGCACUACGUCGUUGACGUUGGCCCGUUCUAAGCCCUAUCUUUCCAUGGGGUUCGUGAACUAGACUGCUGCACCUUCCCUAAAUUUUUUUCACCUACCACUAUUUCCACCGGCCUUGCUUCUCACUGAAUAUGAUGUUAUUAGAUGAAGUUUAGAAGCGAAGAACAAACUAAAGCAAACAAACUUACAAUUCAUCUAAAAACAUAUCCGGCAACUUUGACAGGGAAAUUAUCCAAUAUUAAAAUACCCAAAAUCUUAUUUGCUAUCAGUGUCACUUUAAGCACCACAGAUGCGUAUUUAUUUUAGACGCAUCUGAGCUAUAGGGGUGGGGGAAUUAAUAUAUUGAUUUAUCUGAAUAAGAACUAACGUAAGUCGUGUAUUCCUAUGUUGAGAAGGGGGGAGGUGGCUGUAUAGAGGGGAUGGGGCUAUUCGAGACGGGGACUUAGUAUAGGGUCUAGCCAUGAAAAUUAAUUGAGUGUGAGUUUACUAAAGAUCAUGAUGAAAUGGUUUCCUGAAUAUUAAUUUCAUGUCGUAAGAUCUAGCAUUGCUCUAAAUAACAACAAAACCAAGUUUAGGAUAAAAAGUGUAUUGCAAACUUUUUACUUUAUCUUUUUCAUAUCUGUUUUCAACCUAUUUUUCUCUUGAACUAUAUAUUUAGAGAUGGAUUUCGUUUAUCAUCACAAGAAGCAAAAUCAAGUUUUGGUGAUGACCGUUUGCUGAUAGAGAAAUUUAUAAAUAACCCAAGACAUAUUGAAAUCCAAGUACGUAAAUAUUUAUUCUAAUUUUCAUAUUUCAGUUUUAUCUUCACAAGAUUCCCAAAUCAAAUAUCAAUCCACAUGCAGUAACACGAAGGAAAAGAGACGACGGCUAGUAAUACAAUUACAUUGUACAACAAUAUUUAACAAAAAGAAAUGAACAGUCAAACGCUCACAGGGUUUUAGACGUCCUCCUCAUUCUGUUUACCACGGCAAACCAGACAUGUUUACAUCUGAUAUACAACGCUUAUAUACAUUUCGAAGCGUGGCAAUUAAAUCUAAAUUGGCACAGAAUAACGUUUUCCAGCCAUAAGGGUGAUAAAAUCCCAUUCUAAAUUCGUUGGAUAAGUAAUACGUAACAAGUUUACUUUACAGUAAUUUAUUUGAAUGAGUUUGUUUUGAUUAUUAUCGUCACGUUGCCGUCCUGAGUAGUAUUAAUAGGGAAUUUAAGAUGCCAACAACGAACGGACUACGGUUGAAUGGCUAUCCAGUCAACGCUCUGCCGAAAGUCGUGUGUUUUCUCCGGGUACUCAUGUUUCUUCCCACAUGGAAAGUUGAUAGGGUGAGCAAUUCAUUGCUGUAAAAAUACUGUAGUUUGGUCUAAGUAUAUAAUUAAGUAAGUUUGUAAUAUUUGAUGUAAAGCGCACUUGAUCCACAUGUAAAUUUGCUAGCCUGCGAACAGGCUCUCAAAGUGAAGUGAGAGCCUGUACUGAUGAUAUUAUACAAUUUUGAAUAUCUGCCCCGUAACGUUCGUUUUUCCAAAUAUGGAAUGUCUAUCCUUAUAUGGUGUUGUUUACAACUUUCGUGCAAACUAAAUUUAGACCGUGCAAACUAAGUUUAGACCGUACAGUUUAUACUGUUUUUCGAAAUAUAAGGUAUUCAAGCAAAACUUUAAAUGUUUUAAAUGCUGUUUUCUCAAAACAGAACAUUUUGUGCUUUGAGAUAAGAUGGCCAAGACCAAUUUGAUCAGUUAUUAAUGUGUUUUUUUAUGCAUAGUGCUUAGUUGACAUAUAUAGAGCUCAGCGGAAACAUAUAAAUUAUAGCAUCUGACCAAUGAGAAUUUCGCGUCACGAUUUGAGACGCAGAUAUUCAAAUUCAUUAGUCAUCGAUGCAGGCUCUCAUUUCACCUUGAGAGCCUGUUCGCAGACUAGUAAAUUUGCAGAAAUGUUAAACUUAAUCUUUCGCCGGUCUUCUUUUGCGUCUACUAUGACGUCAUUGUAUUCAUAAUAAGUGAUGUCAUGCAUAUAUAAUAUACAAGUUAUCCACCUCACAGCACCUCCGUCCACCUUCUGUCAUGCUAAUGAUAGUGCGGCCCUUCGUUAGUCACUGCAGUUAUGCUCUAGCUUCUGUGUACAUUUUGAAGAAAGAAAACAUCCGGUAUGACGCGGUUUACACUAUGUGAUGUAGGCGUUUACAAUGUUCAUGUCUUAUAUUUUCCUACUGGCAUAAAAGCAAUUUCUUUAGAAGCUGCUCUGGCGAUAGCAAAUAUCGUUAUAUCUCUCUUUGGAACGUUCGCCAACGGUCUCGUCAUAAUGGCUUACUAUCGUAACCCUCGUUUACGAACAAUACAGAACACGAUCUUCUUGCUGCUUGCCAUCACGGACAUUGGCGUAACUGCUUUUGCACAGCCGAUAUUUGUGGUCGCCACCUUAAGGGGUUUGCUGGAGAGCCAUAGUUGCAUUUUAUGGGGACUUCAAACGAUAUCAUCGUUCUUAUUCUUGGAACUAUCACUGGUAACAAUUGCUGUUCUCAGCGUGCAAAGUUAUAUAACCUUGGCUUAUCCGUAUCGUUGGCGAAAUAUAAUUACAAAGUCUCGUUUGAAUUUCAUGUUUAUCUUUUCUUGGCUUCUCGUUUUGCUAAAAACCCUGGCUAUUUUUCAAAACUACAACUUCGUUGUAUACGGAGGGCUUGGUAUUACUGCCUUAGCAAUUAUUACUGUGGUUUUUACCUGGUGUUGGACAUAUAAACUCGUUGCUCGACAUCGAAAAGCAAUUCAAACCACUCAAACUCCUGCAAUCAUUCAAAAUGUGGCACCAAAGAAGAUCUUACGAUCAACAGUUACCGCCUUCGCCAUUAUUUUAAGUCUUCUGGCUUGUUACUUUUUGGUCCUGUGCUUUUUUAUCUUCCAAAAUUUUCUAAACGCUUCGAGCCUGGGUUAUAAUACGUACGGGAUUUUAUGGGCAUUGGCAGAGACAUUAAUGUACCUAAACUCUCUGUUGAAUCCCUGCCUUGUUUUUUGGCGAAGUACUUGUUUCAGAGAAGCCGUGCAGAAUAUUUUCAAUUAGAAAAAAUGUAGAAGAAAUAUUAUAAAAUAUUCUUUAUGUAUAUAGUUUUUAAUUUAUGAUUUUCUUUCUUAUAGAAACGAUGUAGAGCCUUAAGAUAUACAAAUGCAUUUUUUUUUAUUCCAAAAUAGUCUUCUAUAGUUCUGAGUUUAAUUUUCUCAUUGAGUCUGAAUUUAAAGUUCUUUAUAAAAAUAGUCCAAAAUUUUUUCAUCUUAAUCCUAUAUUUUGUUAUGAGUCUGAAACUCGAUCGUUCUUGUUUUUUUCAUUCCCAUAGCAAUUGAUUCACAACAUAUUAAAGAAACUUCUCAUUAAUUGAAAUGGAAACUUAAUUUUUAUUGCCAUUUCACUUUAAUAUUCAUCAACUUUCCCCGCGUGAACGAUCUAUUUUAUUAAAAAAUUUUCGUCUAACAACAAUUUUAUUGCUUUCAUACAUUCCCUGAUGCAUCGCAGGAUAUUUAUAGCAAAAUGAAUGCAUGCAUAUUAAACAAAUUCAUUAAUUUGCUCGUUUGAUGGAACGAAGUAAUAAUUAAAAUGAACUGCAUGAAAGGUUGAUAUUAAAUAGAAAGCAUUUUACACUUACGCAUGAUUAAAUGGGACGAGCUGCUUGCUGCGUAUGUUUCAGUUAAAUGAUAUAGUGUAAGCCUAUUGUAUGUUAGUAGGAUAAGAAUUACGGAAUUAUAUGAAUAUAUAGAAAUAAGAAUCUGAGUAAAUUGUAAAAUGAGGAAACAUUGAGUAUGACAGGAUUCCAGGCCAGCUUCGUUGCACUAUCAUCUUAUAUAAGUUGUUUUUUUUCAAUAUUUCUCAACUGCAUGAAAUCAAUGUCACGUUUUUCAAUCGUGAAGUAGUGCCAAAAUGAAGAUAUUUUCGAUGGUAUAAAGAGAAGGUGUGCAGCAGUCUGAUGCUAGUAAGUCUUGCUCAUAUUGCUCUAAAUAUGGCAUCAGUUUUAAAGCAUCAUUGACAAUCAAUUGACAAAUUUUUAUUACUAUUUUAUGUUUCUCAACCAUCUCAUGAUGCAUUUAAUUGUAUAAACUAGAGAACAAAUUAAGCUAUAUAUAGGUACGCCAAAAGAUUUUAAAUUUUGAACGCUGUUGGCAUCGCGAAUACACGACACAGAAAAAUGAAGUAGCUAAGAUAAUUUGAAUUCUUGUGCAACUUAAUUAGCUUUCCUCACGCCGCCAUUUUUGGGAUACUUUUUUUGCCAAUCCUGCGAGCAUAACACCACGUAACGGCGACAUUUUAUAAUUUUGUGGGUGUACGAUCAUGGUAAAUUUACUCUGUAAAUAGUUUGUUCUUAAAUAUUGCUUUUCAUAUUGUUAUAAUCGUACACGAAAAAUUACAGUACCCCAAAAAUGGGGGCGUGAGAAAGGCUAAUUGGAAAACACGCACGUCCCGGCACAUGCACACGCGUUCUUCGGACUAGGCCUAACCCAUUGUGGGUGGGGUUUUUUUCCACUUGCACUUGACAUGUCAUUAUUCAUAUAUUAAUUAAUUAUAAACUAAUUCGUAUAUCAGUAAUUUGUUUUCUAAAUUGUUGUGUGUAAUUCUUAUUUUAGGUUGUUGGAGAUAAACAUGGAAAUUGUGUAAGUGAAUAUUAA